UUUAAUUAAAAGUUAUUAAUUUUUGUUUUGAGUUGUGAGAUAAAUUUUUAUGUAAAAUAAUCCAAAAUGGAUGAAUAAAUUAUUUUAGAAUAGUAAGAAUAAGAAGAUUAAAAUAAUAAAAAAUAUCAUGAAAGUACAUAAGAAGGAAGCUCGCAUGAUAAUGAGAGCUAAAAAAUUAAAGAAGAUAAAUGCAAUUUGAUAACAAAAGUUGUGAAAAAAAGAAAAAUCUUAAAGAUAGUAGAAUUUUCUUACUAAAACAUUCAUAAUAUUGGAAUUUAAUUCAACAAUGUAAUACUGCAUACUUAUGGAGACAUAAUAAUUGAUUUGUCUAAAAUUAAUAAUGAGGACGAUAGAUUUUCUGUUUGGAAUCUUUGUAAAACUUGGCCAAAGACAGAAUUAUGCAAAAUUUCCAACACACUAAAUAUUUAUUUGGAGAGCAAAAAAGUUACUAAUGAAGAUCAAAAUAAACAACUAAUUCAGAUAUUAAAAGAAUACCCUAACUAGAACAUUCAUUCUAUCGUAUUAGAAAUGGAAAAGUAUAACGAAUUGAGUAAGCUUCUAGUUCAGUAUAUCAGCAAUUACUUUUCUCUAUUAAAAUAAACUCCAAAUUUUUUUAAUCAGUUCUUUUAGAGAAGAUAGUAGUUUGAUUAUUAUAUGGAGAAAUAUAUAUAUUAAGAAUAUAAUAACAAAGGUUUAAUUUAUUUUACAAGCCAUAUGGGACCAGAUAUAGUAUCUAAUGAUUUUUAAAUUUAUAAAAUUGUUUUUAGCGAAUCUCUUGCUUUGAUUCUAGGUAAAUCACUAUAGGAAUUGCAAGAUCUAACUAGAAGAAAUGGGGCUUAUGAAUUUUUAGAAUUUGAUUCUUACCUUGAAGUUAUAAAAAGUAAAAUCAAUAGCAUAUUUUAACUAUUCUAAAAUCAAAAAAAUUCCUCAGAAUUUUUUGAAGAUAUUGAAAAAAAUAUGCAAUUUACCAAAUAAUUCAAAAUUUAUACAUUUGAUGAUAUCUAAUUUUACACAAAUGCUCAAAUUAAACUUCAUAAGAUGAGUGAUUUCAUCAAAGAUAAUAACACUAUCAUAGAUUUUUAUUGUGGAGUUCUAAUAUUAGAUAUAUCUCCAUCUACUCUUAGAUAAAUAAUAACUUUAAGAUAAUAAUUCUAGGAGAAUUAAAAUUUAGAUUAAUAAUAAAACGAAUGCCUACCAAAUUACGAAUACAACCUUGAAUAUGUUAUGUAAGCAGAAAUAUUUGUUGAAAAAUUUUUUCAGAAACAAGAAAAUUAUUCAAUAUAAAAUUAAAGCAAUAAAUAGUGUAGUUAUAAAUUCAAAUGA